UCUCUGGUCAUUCCUGAGAAGUUCCAGCACAUCCUUCGUGUUCUCAACACGAACAUUGAUGGUAGGAGGAAGAUUGCCUUCGCCAUCACAGCCAUUAAGGUAGCUAUGCUUGUUAAUGACUUUCUCAGGACCAUGUAGAGAUGUCUGCACAGUUGGCUAAUGUGGGAAUGAGACCUAAAGUAAUGGUUCAUGUGUAUUUCCUUCACAGGGUGUUGGCAGGCGAUAUGCCCAUGUUGUCCUGAGGAAGGCUGAUAUUGACCUCAGCAAGAGGGCUGGAGAACUUACUGAUGAUGAGGUGAGAAGAAUGCAGAGGGCAGUUGUGGACAUACCGUUUAGCUAUACAUGAAAGCUGUAUGCAUCAGUAGCUGUAUUUACACCGCCAGCCCAAUUCUGAUCGAGUGGCGCAGUGCUAGCUGUGCCACUAGAGAUCCUGGUUCGAGUCCAGGCUCUGUCGCAGCCGGCCGCGACCGGGAGACCCAUGGGCGGCGCACAAUUGGUCCAGCGUCGUCCAAGGUAGGGGAGGGUUUGGCCGGCAGGGAUGUGGGUUUGUUUCCCACGGGGGGCCAGUAUGGGAGAGAAGAGGGAAAAAAAGCAUGUAUGCAUUCACUAACUGUAAGUCGCUCUGGAUAAGAGCAUCUGCUAAAUGACUCAAAUGUAAAAAAUUGGUGUUUUGACCAAUUGCAUCAGAUCUUUUUCAGAGCUGAUCUGAUUGGUCAAAAGACCAAUUAGUGAAAAAAGGUCAGAAUUGCACUGCCUGUGGAAACUCAGGCAGGGGGGAUGAGGCUGGGAUUCAAAUAAACCACAGUGUGGGUUGUUUGACUCCAGGAUGUGCACUCAUUUCAUGGAUCAUCUUGCAUCACUCAAUGAGUUAUUGUGAUGGUGGGGCCCAGUCAUCUGCGAACUCAGUAUGUGUUACAUCAGUUAGUCUUUUUCUACCAAGCAUCUCACUAAUGUUGAUGUAUUUGUCCCCAGGUUGAGAGGGUAGUGACAAUUAUGCAGAAUCCUCGCCAGUACAAAAUCCCUGACUGGUUCCUCAACAGACAGAAGGACGUAAAGGAUGGCAAGUACAGCCAGGUACGUGACUGAAGCAGACUUGCGGUGUCUGACUUAUUUUCAAAAUUGGAACUAAACUACAUGAGUUUGUAUUGACGUCGCAUCUAUUGGCUAAAGUAAACCUUUGUCUUCGUGGCACGGUCAAUACAAAUGUAGUACUUUUAUUUCUGAAAGUUAAAUAUGUACAAUUGUCUCAAGAGUCCAGCCUUACAAUUGUUUGUAUGUUGUAGGUCCUUGCUAACGGUCUGGACAACAAGCUGAGAGAGGAUCUUGAGAGGCUGAAGAAGAUCAGGGCUCACCGUGGACUCAGGCACUUCUGGGGGUAAGCGCUCUUCUGAUGUCCAGCUAUAUUGCAUGGCUGUUUUCUGUAUUUUAAUUACAACAUAUUUUUAAGGGGAAAUCCCAAUAUUCUGCCAAAGGGCUGGUUUCCCAGACACAUACUGCUUAGUUCUGGGUUGUUUGAGGGCACAUGUAAAAUGUAAGUUUGUUGGAUGAGUUCAAUCCCUAUAUUUGGACAGUUUCCUAUCAUUUUGUGCUUACUGGACACAGCCCUGGACUAAAGCAUUUAAUAGAUAGUAUGCUUGGAAUCUCCUUUUGAAUAUGUUCUAUGUAACAUCUGAUCCUAAACAAUAUGUAGAUUGAUCUCUGUACUGCUGAGAUGUAUCAAGGAGGCAUUUAGCCAACUUAUUUUGUAGUCAAUUGCAGUAACUCUGUGUAGCACAAGUUCCUUAAGUGCUUAUUGUAAGCAUACCAAUUAUGGUAUAAUGGUAGGCACAUUUGUCAACUUCUGCUGUCGGUGUGAUCAAAUCAUUUUGUCCUACAAAGACUAGUAAAUUCCAUUAGUAUGGGAUUUUCCUUACAUGUUGAAUUUCUGGAUACAUUUGUAAUGACUGACUGUUUGCUGUCCCUCUCUUUCAGUCUACGUGUACGUGGCCAGCACACAAAGACCACCGGUCGUCGUGGUCGCACUGUUGGUGUGUCCAAGAAGAAGUAA